AUGGCAAUGGAUGAUAUCGUUCGUAGAACAUCUGGAAUCGAGCCAAAGGUGACCUCUGCUAAAAUGAACCAUGGCGUUGUCCCCAAAACGCACCCUACUUCUCGAAGUCGCAAACGGGGGAACCAGGUAGACCGCAAGGCGACUCCGAGUACCGACCCUGGGAAAGGUGCGGACAAAGAGAAGGAUAAAGAAGGGGUCGUCGCCAAGUCUCGUGGAUGGGAACCGUGGAGCCGUCAGUCCAUUAAGGAAUUCUACAAUGCGCUGAAACAGUUCGGAAAAGACUUUGAUGCCAUUCAAAAGCACAUCGUGCAGAAGUCGAAGACUGACCGAAAAAACUACGAUCAAGUUAGAAACUUCUAUUACAAUACUUGGGGUAAAAUCUCGCCUCGGAUUGACCUGUCAGACAUCGACGCCCCGAAAGAGGCGAAAGAGCUUUUCAUCUUAAUCAAUUAUGGCGAAUGGCAGCAACGGACCAAUUACUUAAAGAUUCACGGUAAACUUGUGACAAAUUUCACAGAGUUGGUCCGCAAGGGGUAAUU